AACAAAAACGGAGGAAACCAAUUUUCGGUGAUCUUCCAAGAAAAUGCUAAUAUCACCGACCUGAAAAUCAGUUCUCAAAAACCUCGUUCUACUCUUUUUCAUCUUCUUUAAGCUCUUAUUAUACGCGUUUGUUUCUAAGUUGCUGGCCUAACUCCCUCUCUCUCUCUCUCUUUCUCACAUUCUUUUUCUCUUUCUACAAACUUCGUCUUCUUCGGCGGUUUAUAUUUGAAUGAUCAAAGAGUUGGGAUUUGCAGAACCCAGUUCCAGAUUUUGAUAAUAUUUCAUCUUCUGGGAUUUGGGGUCGGUCCUUCGGUCACCAUGAGGAGAGGCAAAUCGGAAAAACUUGAUACGGUCCUGUCUCUAAGCAGGCAUAGAACGAUUCAGAUACUGAUUGGUGUCGGUUUUUUAUAUUUGUUCAUAGUGAGCGUGGAAAUCCCUAUUGUUUUCAAAACUGGGUUCAGUGUUGUGUCUCAGGACCCCUUGAUUCGAACGAAUAAUAGGCUCAACAGUGAGGUGAAUUUGGACCAAACAGAAGCACCGACUCGUCCUGUUGAACGCGUUUCCAUAAGAAAUUCGUUUCAGCCCAGUUCGAGUCGAGUCCCCACCAAGCGUAGGAUUCUGUCGAACUUAGUGUUCGAUCGGAAAGCGUUUGAGGCCGGGAGCAAAGACAGGGCUUCGGAGCUUUACGAGUCGGCGAAGGUUGCCUGGGAAGUGGGUAAGCAGUAUUGGGAGGAACUCGAAUCGGGAAAACUCGGGAUCGUCUCUGACAAAGACGUGAAUCGGUCCGAGUCGUGCCCGCAUUCCGUGUCUUUAUCCCGGUCGGAGUUUUCGGCUAAGAAGCAAGUCAUGGUUAUCCCAUGUGGACUGACUCUUGGUUCUCACAUAACUCUGGUGGGCAAGCCCAGAGCGGCUCAUGAGGAAGAAGAGCCAAAGAUAUCACUGUUGAAAGAUGGGUUUGAUUCGGUUAUGGUGUCUCAGUUCAAGAUGGAGUUGCAGGGGUUGAAUGCUGUGGAAGGUGAAGACCCGCCAAGGGUUUUGCAUUUCAAUCCAAGGUUGAGGGGAGACUGGAGUGGUAGGCCUGUUAUUGAGCAGAACACUUGUUAUAGGAUGCAAUGGGGCACUGCUCUGAGGUGUGAAGGGUGGAAAUCAAAAGCUGAUGAAGAAACUGUCGAUGGUCAGGUGAAGUGUGAGAAGUGGAUACGUAAUGAUGACAGUCAUUCUGAGGAGAACAAGGCAACAUGGUGGUUAUCCAGGUUGAUUGGCCGAACAAAAAAGGUGUCUGUGGACUGGCCAUUCCCAUUUGCAGAGGAGAAGCUAUUUGUUUUAACUCUUAGCGCUGGUUUGGAGGGUUAUCAUAUUAAUGUUGAUGGAAGGCAUGUUACCUCCUUUCCUUACCGCCCGGGGUUUACUCUUGAGGAUGCCACUGGACUGUCCGUGAGUGGGGACAUUGAUAUUCAUUCUGUAUUUGCUGCUGCUUUGCCCUUAUCGCAUCCUAGUUUUGCUCCACAGCAGCAUCUUGAGAUGGCAAGUAAAUGGUGUGCCCCACCUCUUCCUGAGGGUGAGGUUGAACUCUUCAUCGGCAUCCUUUCUGCGGGUAACCAUUUUGCCGAGCGAAUGGCAAUAAGGAAAUCUUGGAUGCAGCAUAGGCUUAUCAAAUCUUCAAAUGUGGUAGCUCGUUUUUUUGUAGCACUGCAUGCCAGAAAGGAAGUGAAUGCCGAGUUAAAGAAAGAAGCAGAAUUUUUUGGUGAUAUUGUUAUUGUGCCUUACAUGGAUAACUAUGACCUUGUUGUGUUGAAAACUGUGGCCAUCUGUGAAUAUGGGGUUCGAUCAGUGUCUGCUAAGUACAUUAUGAAGUGUGAUGAUGAUACGUUUGUCAGAGUUGAUGCUGUUAUCAAUGAAGCAAAAAAAGUACCUCAAGGCAGGAGUUUGUAUAUUGGAAACAUAAAUUAUUAUCAUAAGCCUCUGCGUUACGGCAAGUGGUCUGUGACAUUUGAGGAGUGGCCCGAAGAAGUUUAUCCACCUUAUGCAAAUGGACCUGGUUAUACUAUGUCGUCCGACAUUGCACACUAUAUUGUGUCCGAGUUUGGAAGACAUAAAUUAAGGUUGUUCAAGAUGGAAGAUGUAAGUAUGGGAAUGUGGGUUGAAAAAUUCAACAUUUCAAGACCAGUAGAAUAUGUUCACAGCUUUAAGUUCUGUCAAUUUGGAUGCAUAGAAGAUUAUUUCACAGCACAUUACCAAUCACCAAGGCAGAUGAUGUGCAUGUGGGACAAAUUGCAGAGACAAGUAAGGCCUCAAUGCUGCAACAUGAGAUGAUUAUGGUGGGUGGGUCGGCCAUUUUGAGAAUCUCCUUUUCUCAGACCGAAACAGAGGCAUAAGUUUUGCAGUCAUAGCAUAUCUAUAUAUUGUAUAUUCCAUAGAGAGCUUUAAAGAUCACAUCUCAACCUUCUGGGCCUGUACAAAGUUUUCCUUCCAAUCAAAUUCAUUCAUUAUUUCUUGCUCAUUGUAUCUUUUUGUCACUUUUUUGUUUGCCCUUUUUUAGCUUUAGGGCCCUCUCUUUUUCCUGAUUAUGUUUCUUCCUUCAUAAAAGUAUACAAAAAGCAAGAAAUGUAAUUUGUCAGUUUACAGUACAGCCACAAUAACAGCAGAGAAUGAGAAUCAUUAGGUUCGAAGAAUA